AUGGCUAACCCAAGAGGGGAAUGCAAAGCCAUAACUCUAAGAAGUGGGAAGGUUGUAGAGGAAGGAACCCAAAGCAAAGAUAAUCAUGAAGAGGUUGCAUCAAAGCAUGGGAACGAGGAUGAAGGGGAGAUCCCCGCUUUACCUCCACCAAAACCAGUCUUGAAGCCCUAUGUGCCAAAGGCACCAUACCCACAAAGACUGAGAAAAGAUGGGAAGGAUGGCCAGUUCUCUAAGUUCCUAGAGAUCUUCAAGAGGCUCCAAAUCAAUAUACCAUUUGCUGAGGCAUUAGAACAAAUGCUACUCUAUGCCAAGUUCUUAAAGGAGCUUAUAACCAAAAAGAGAAACUGGGAGGCAAAAGAAAGCAUAUCUCCACAUGGGAUGGUGGAAGACUUGCUAGUGAAAGUAGGAGAAUUCAUUUUCCCUACUGAUUUCGUUAUGCUGGACAUGGAAGAAGAGGCCAACAUGUCAAUUAUCCUAGAAAGACCAUUUCUAGCUACUGUUGGAGCCAUCAUUGAUGUGCAGAAAGAGAAACUAGUCUUGAGAUUGCAUGAAGAGAAAAUGGUCUUCAAUGUCUUUAAAGCCAUGAGUUACCCCAAAGAAUCCAUAGGAGAAUGCAUGCUGAUAGACACCAUGGAAUAG